AUGAACUCCACGGUGCAGUGCUUAAAAUCUGUCCCAGAGUUGAAAUCUGCAUUAUCCAAUUACUCACUUUCUGCACGAAGCAACAAUGUUGACCAGACUUCUCACAUGCUCACAGUUGCCACACGUGAGUUAUUUGGUGAGCUUGAUAGUAGUGUCAAUGCUGUUUCACCUACACAGUUCUGGAUGAUAAACCAUUCCUCUGAGGGGGUUUGUUAG